AGGUGAACGACGACGCGUAGGCCCGCUUCUUGGAAAUCGAUUUUUUUCUCCCGAGCGCUUCAUGUUUGGUCGUUUGCUUUUCGGCACUGGAAAAUUUUAAAGACUGGAUCUUGUUGGAAAAUACCGCGUUAUUCACUUCGGCACGGCGUUUCGAAGAGAAGAGUUUGUCGCUGCAGUCAGCGGAGAUGCUGCGCUGAAUGUGAUGAGCGGAGGUGCAGGAGAAAAGCGCUGAGGAGGAAGUCGGGCUGCAUAGUCGUCGAAGCAUGCAGAGGCGUCGUACAGGGCCUAGGUAUUCCACUCCCAACUUUGACUUCUGUGUUAUCAUUUCUGGGAAGAAAGCAAUCUGUGUCGUUCUAUCCAAACUUGAGGCGAAAUUUCCUUCUAGUUGAAGGCGGAGCUGCAGCGCCCACUUGUUCGGUUCUGUAACGUUUGUCUCUCUGAGUUCCAAGGGUGGCCCUUUCCCCGGCCGAAAAAGGCCAGUUCAGCAAUCUUUUCCCCGUUUCUUCUGUCCGACCUUUUCGUUUUUUGACGUUCUGUUGCGUUCUGUUGAGUGCUAACGCGCGCGUUGGUGCCGCUAUUUACCAGCUGAGCCCGAACUUCUCCGAUUGUUCCCUCGCUCUUUUCCGGAGCUCUCGUACCGAAGCGCGGAGCCAGGCUUCAUUUCUUUCUGUUCGUUUCCCCAGAUUGAUUCUUCAGCAACUGCAAAAAGGUAGAUUCGCCUCUUUUGUUUUCCCUUUCUUUGCUAAUAAACAAACUGGGGACAACUGAACUCAAUUCAGGUCUGCCAGAUAUGUUCCAACUGGUGCAGCACGCUGGCCGAGGUGACCACACCUGCAUCGAGAAAUGUCUUAAGAUCCUUCUCUCGUGGUCUUUCGUUUCUGUAACACCUGGUCUGCACUAGCGUUUCAUAAGGCGACCGAACUGGAAUCUCGUCCACUGUCAUGCAUGCAAGCCAUCGCCAGCCGCGCUCGUUUGUAUUUUUCUAGGACGGAGACACAAUGGCUCUCUCGGAUCUCUACUGUCUCGCCUAUGCCCCGAUCCAGAGCACGUGUUUAGAUUCCAUUGGGGAUGAGGACUGUUCUCCUGAAGUCAUUGUGAAGGAACUGCGCAUGCUGCAAGAGUUAACCAGCUGUGGAUUCCGGGCUUUCAGCAAGUAUUUUGAGAGCGAUGACGCACAGGAGAAGACCGCUCAGGCGUCUGCAGCCCUGUACUGCUUGACAGGGUUCUGCAAUCGCAUCCAGUCUCUAUCUCUUGCAGCCAGCAACCUGGCCGGAGGUACUAUGCAGCGGGGCUACCCAGAUAGCUCUGGAGUUUUGCGAGAACUCGUGGCAACAGCGAAAGACGUGGGCUUGACGCCAACGGACAACGAAAUUUCCAAUCUUGUCGACUGCGAGAAGGACGCAGAAUGGGAGACGCCAACGGCAGGACGAGGAAAGGUCGAAUUCCGCAGCUCUGUUUCAAUGAUUGCCAGUGAACCAGACCAUGACGACGGUUCUGUUGUUAGCCACCAGCCCAUCAAGCCUGACUUCAGUCGGAAGAAAGUCCGAAAGGCGACAGGCUACGCGAAAUUCAACUUCGAUAAAGAGAAGGAUGAUGACGACCAAGGUGACGUUUCUACUUCUGCAAGUCCGUUGCCGAAGAGCAACAAAUCAACUCCGGAUCCUUUUGAGAAGCGGGAAAGCCAUGUGUCUGAAAAGUCAGGCGGUCAACAGCAGUCACGAACGUCUUUCUUAUGCGGGCUCUGCAGCCAUGUUGUGGACGAGCCGGAGGUUCAGGUCCUGAGACGUGAGAGCUCCGUUUCGAUGGGCGUCGUUCAGGAGAUCAACGACCCUGAAGGAGACUCGCACUGGCACGAUCGUGACCGUCAUUCAGGCCGCUUCGAUCGUAUUAGAAAGAGAGUACCAACAGGGCAUGCCUCUUUAAUGAAGAGAAGUAGCGACGAUCUUCUGGAACUUUUAGAGCAGGAUGAUACUGAAGAAGGGAGGGCAGCUAGAGAGAUUCUCAUUCGCAACACGGCACUGAACACGGUUGUGCACCCGAGCUUCGCCUCUUCCGACGAAGAAGACGAGGGCUCUGUAGCCUCGAAAUGCCAACGUGUAGUCGGAAAUAGAGAGUGCGCGGAAGCGGGGGCAUCGCGUGUGCUCGUGGAAGACAUAUGAUUUUGCAGUUCCAUUUGUGAACUCGCAAGGGUGGAACCAGAACUUGAUGUCCAAAGCAGGCGAUUCAGGAACGGUGCGGAUUUGGGGGGAAAAGAUUGUAUCAAUGUUUUGAGUCUACCCCAAGAACAAUGCUGCAGCCCCCUCGAUGGGAGAACGAGCGCUGGAGGACUUUUGGAUAUUGCAGACGCAAGAGUCCACAUAUGAGAGAGAGACGCGGCGGCAAACUAAGUACGAGCUCUAAUCAGAAUUCAUGUAUAUAUGUGUUGCAUACUGUACUCUCAUUUUUAGGGCGCGCAGCUACAUUAGUGUGAUUUUGUGGGGUUUGCUCAUGAGAAUGAAGCCUGUAUAAUAGGAAGAUUUCGAUAACCUAUAGUGAUUCGGCGAGCUUGCUGUGUCGCUGGAACGGAGUCAGAGCAGGGAUGUUACCUGGCAGGGAGGAUAAUCUGAUGAAAACGCGCGCAGUCUCAAUCUCUUGUUGCACGGCGAUUUAACUUAGGUGAGGAGUCGUCCUUGUCGCACUUUUUUUAUUUGCAUGUUCCCGCCCAACGUCAAGCAGGCAAGAAGGGUCGGAUCCCUUGAGCUGCAAGCAGAUGUGGAACACAUGUUCUCGCUUUGUCUGUUGACACCACUGGGCAUACGGAUCUGAAAAAGCUACCGUAACCCAGCUGUGUCCACUUGGGCACAAAGAGGUUUCCUUCAUUACUUCGAUUCUUUGAAGUGCCGCAACACUUUUAGAGUGCAUCCGUCUCAUUUUCUUCUGGGGCGUGAUUGCACUCUUUAAAUUUUUCCAAAACAAAACGGAUAAGCAGAGUUGAAUGGCCUGUCCUCUUCUUCGCUCAGAAACUUCCUGUACGGGGAAGGAAGGUGCGAUACAUUCGCGGGAUCCUGUGCGUAUUCGAUCACUUUUACCAUGUGGCCUUUUCCAACAUAAAGCGCGUGUGAAGGAGCAGCAGUGCAUGAUCAAACGUUGCUUUUGAUAUGUCGCGAGUAUUUUGACGCAGACGGAAGAGACGUUGGUGCCCCUCCUCUAGUGGAGGGCACGACAGCUCACCCUUAAAAAUUCGCCUUCCUGACUCACUUGUCGAGCUAGUGUACUCAGGUAGCACUAUGCAGAAAACCCACAUUUUUCGCAGGUCACUCAGCAUCAUCAUAGUACGUGUACGAGUAAUACAACAGCAAGGGAACCGGUAAAGGCCACGGAGAGGCCACCUGUUCCACCAUAUCAUUCAAGGCGAUGCUCGGACGUCCCGCGCUGUCCGUGAUGACGCCCCGAGUUGCCAUGCUUGCCAGUGCAUCUGUGGCCUGCCUGGAGAAACCUUUCUGAUGGAACUACAGAGAUCCCGAUAAGGCAUCGCUUCAAUUGCUUUGCCGCUAUGGGUGGCUCUUCCCACGUCAUUGAUGCGGGAGUCCACUGAACCAGCGGCUUUCCUUUGUUCCUCCCUUCGCAAUUGAAUGACAGCAUCCCGCAUGGGAGCGAGACUUGAGAAGAUCAUCUUUUGAGGAAUACACGUCGUGAACGCAAACCUAGAGUCCAGGGGAAAUGGCUCGAGGUGAGGGACGAUAUUGUUUGUACCACGUCGCA